AUGGCCGACGGCUACCCGCCCUAUCGCUGCCCCGGCCACAACCAGCCGUGCGCGGUGAAAAUCACCAACAACGGGGGCCCGAACAACGGCCGGCCAUUCUACGCCUGCUCGCAGUCACCGAAGUGUAAGCACUGGUUCCAGUGGGCUGAUGAGCGGCACAAGCAGCCGAGAGGCCGCACGCAGGCAGUGGUCAUCGGCAGCGACGUCCGCCUCUCUAUCGUGCGCGACGGUGGACAGCUGCGGCUCAAGGUGGCCUUCGAGUACGACGAGGGCCUCAUCAUUCUCUGCCGCGAGUUUCGCGGGUACUACAAACCCGAGCUCUCCGCGUGGCUGCUGCCGAUCCAGCACAAGGAAGACGUAGAGCGCCGCCUGGCGCAGCUCAAGGAGACGGGCGCCGGGCUGAUGCCGCACCAGCGCGAGGCGGUCGAGUUUGUGGUGGGAAACCGCCUUCGCGGGCUCGUCGCCGACGACAUGGGGCUCGGCAAGACUGUGACCGCGAUCGGCGUCCUCGCUCACGCGGACGUGUGGCCUGCGCUCGUGCUGUGCCCCUCGAGCGUCAAGUACAACUGGCGAGCCGAGCUGCUGCGCUGGCUCCCAGAGCAGCUCUCGCCCGCAAAGGUGCAGGUGGUGGACAAGGGUGAGGACUCGCUCUCCGCCGACGCGUCGGUGGUCAUCGCGACGUAUGAUGGCGCUCGCGCACGAGCCCAACGCACGGGCGAGCUCAACCGCUUCCGCGCGAUCGUCUGCGACGAGUCGCACAACCUCAAGUCGCCAGAGGCGCAGCGGACCAGGGCGCUGCUCCCUCUCGUGCGCCGGGCCGUCGCCGCCGUCCUCCUCUCCGGCACUCCGGCGCUCUCUCGCCCGUACGAGCUGUGGACGCAGGCGAGCGCCAUCGCGCCGACAGUCUUCCCGCCGGGCGGGCUCGAGGAGUUCGGCAACACGUAUUGUGGCGGCCGCGACGACUUCAACAAGUUCUCGGGCGCGACCAACUUGGGCGAGCUCGAGGAGAAGCUGCGGAGGCACGUGAUGGUCCGGCGCACCAAGGACGUGAUGCUCCGCUCGCUUCCGCCCAAGAUCCGGAGCCGAGCGCGGCUCAAGGAGAAGCUGAACUUGCGGAGGCGGCUCGACCGGUUGCUCGAGACGGUGGGGCACGAUGAGGUGGUCGAGUGGGAGGGCGAGCGCUGCUCGAGGGAGCAGCUGCAGAACAUUCAGCGGAACAUGACGACCGAGCUGUGGCUGGACGAGCACGCCGAUGACGAGAAGGUGCUGGUCUUCGCGCACCACGCGCCGAUGCUCGACGCGAUGCGCGACGCCCUCAAGAGGCGCGGAGUCUUGCUGAUGCCUCGUCUCGGAGCCUCCCCUGUGACCUGCUCGGAGCCUUCCCAUGAUAGGCGCGGGGUCUCGCUGAUGCGCAUCGACGGCACCACCAGCGCGAAGAAGAGGAUGGACCUCGUGCAGGCCUUCCAGGACACACGCGCGCCGGGCUCGCCGCGCGUGGCCCUCCUCUCCAUCAACGCGGCCGGGGUUGGCAUCACGCUCACCGCCGCCCACCACGUGAUCUUUGCGGAGCUCAGCUGGACGCCCGGCGUGCUGGAGCAGUGCGUCGACCGAGUCCACCGGCUCGGGCAGAGGGCGGCCUCCGUCGAGAUCGCCUACCUCGUCUACGGCCCCUUCGACGACGAGAUGUGGUUCAGGCUCAAGGCAAAGCAGCGCGUGCUCGACGAGAGCGGCACGGUAGACUUGACGGAGGAGGACACAGUGACGGCGGACAAGCGGCAACGUCUCGACGACGGCCGCAGUGGAGCGGGCGUGGGCGCCUCGAACCGCGGUGAGAGCAGCAGCAGCGGAGCGGUCGGCUUGGAUUUGUCGGGCGACGGCGACGCGCUGCUGGCUAAUGGUGCCUCUGUGCGCAUUCACGGCCUCGUCAAUACCGGCGUGAAGUACAAUGGGCGUCGCGGCGAGGUGGUGGAGUUCAUCCGCGACAGAGGGCGGUACCUCGUCCGCGUUCGCAAGGGUGAGGAGACGGAGGAGGUCUCGCUCAAGCGCGAGAACCUCACAGCGAGGUGA